AUGGCCGCCGACACGCUGCCCCUCGCCGAGUACCUGAUCGCGCGGCUGCAGCAACUGGGCGUCAAGACGAUGUUCCAGGUGCCCGGAGACUUCAGCAUGGGCUUCCUGGACAUCUGCGACGACUCGGGCCUGCGUCUCGUCGGCAAUUGCAACGAGCUCAACGCCAGCUACGCCGCAGACGGCUACGCGCGCGUACUGCAGCAGGACACAAGUGCACACGGGCAUGAGGGCGCGAGGCUGGCGGUCCUCUGCACGACGUUCGGCGUGGGGGAGCUCAGCGCCCUGAACGGCAUCGCCGGCUCCUACUCCGAGCGCCUGCCCGUGCUGCACAUCGUCGGCAUGCCGGGGGUGGCGUCGCAGGAGAAGCACGCCAUCCUGCACCACACUCUGGGUGACGGCAACUUCGACACCUUCGCGGAGAUGAGCAGCCACGUCAGCUGUGCCACGGCGCUACUUGCCAGGCACAAGGGCGACCCGCAGAAGCUGGCCGACGAGGUGGACCGCGUGCUGAGCACGUGCGUGGGCGAGGCCCGUCCAGGAUACCUCGGCCUGCCCACCGAUCUCUUGCACGUCCCAGUGGACAAGGCGCUUCUCGAGCGGCCCCUUGCGCUUGCGCACGCCAGCAACGACGCGGCCAGGGAGCAGGCGUGCCUCGAGGCCAUCUCAAAGGCCGUUGCGGCGGUCAAGGAGCCAAUAGUGGUGAUCGACGCGUGCACGAUCCGUCAUGGCGCCGUCAGGGAGGCGCUGCAGCUGGUCGACGACAGCGGGCUCUCCUUUGUCGCCACGCCGAUGGGCAAGUCGGCGCUGCCCGAGGACCACCCGAGCUUCGCAGGCAUCUACCUCGGGCCGAACGGCAAGGGACACGAGAAGCUGCACAAGAAGGUGGAGGGCGCCGACCUGUACCUCUUCAUCGGCGCGCUGCGCUCCGACUUUAACACGGCGUCUUCCUUCACCGAGUUCACGAGGCAGGCGGACACCAUCGAGUUCCAUUCCGACCGCACGCAGGUGUUCGACCAGCACUUCGACGGCAUCGGCAUGAAGGAGCUCUUGCCGAAGGUCGCUGCCCUGCUGGCCGAGAGCAAGAAGGACCGCACGCCCAACGAGCUGCACCCGCGCAACGAGCUUCCGUCGCGCGAGGCCGAGGGGGAGGCGGCGGGCCCUAACGGCGAUGUGAUCAGUCAAGCUUGGCUCUGGCAGCGCAUCGGCUCCGUCUUCGAGGAAGGCGAUCAGAUCAUCGCCGAGACGGGCACAUCCAGCUUCGGCCUGCUCGACACGACACUGCCCGGCGGCCUCACGCGCUUCCACAGCCAGGUGCUCUGGGGAUCGAUCGGCUACGCCACCGCAGCAACGCUGGGCGUCGCCUUUGCGGCGAGCGAGGAGGGCCUCGGUCGAGUUCACUGCUUCACCGGCGAUGGAAGCUUCCAAUUGACGGCGCAAGAACUGAGCACGAUGAUCCGCUACGGUCUUGCGCCGGUGGUGUGGGCUUUGAGAAACGAUGGCUACGAGAUAGAGCGGCAAAUCCAGGGCCCGGAGCGAUCGUACAACAACAUUAGCCCCUGGGACCACGAGGCGCUACUCAAGGCGCUUUACGCUCCCUCGGCGCCGUCGUCGGCCGGAGGUGCAGAGGAGGCGGAGCGCAAGUCGCACGCUAAGGACGUCAAGAACGUCACGAUGCCGCAGUACCAUGCCGUGCGCACCAAGGACGAGCUCAACGCGCUGCUCGACGGCAAGCUCGGCAAGGAGGGCCUGCAGCUCGUGGAGAUCUUCAUGCGGCGCGGAGACGCUCCGCAGGCGCUCAUUGGGCAGGCCGAGGCGACGUCCAAGCUCAACGCCUAA